AUGGCCGGUCGAGCAUGUUCUUACUCGUUGUCAAUGCCAAUGGGUAGACCAAAACGCGGCCGGUCUCGUCUUGGUUCAAAUAACGCUAUACAGUCUCCUGUUGCUACCGAGCCACGGGCAGCAGGCGAUAACCCGGUUUCACCUCCACAUUCGGAACAUAUCCUUGAAAAUGUAUCGUCUCUUGAUGUCGCUUCUCAUUUAUCUGGAUUUGAGCAGUUUCGACGGUUCCAUGCCCUCAGUCUUACAUUUAGCAUGCUGGGCCAGCCAGAAGCAGACCCCUGUGCGUGCUUAUCUAUACUAUAUUUACUGCUUGAGCGUAUCCGCACAACAACGCGCCCAUUUGCAGCUCCUGGCAACAUGCUCCUCUUACGGGAAUGCAUUGGCUCCGCACGAGAAGUAUUGAUCUGUCCCCACUGCCCCCAGGGGUACCUCUCAAGCAUCCAGAAUGUAUCAAUCCUGGGUACUCUAUGUCUAUGUAUUGCAGAAUCCUACUCCCGGAUCCUCCGCAGCAUCGACGAAGAGGAACAGCGUGCAUCACGCGCCAAUGAACAGAAACAGCUAGAGAUUACAAGUUCGGGUUUUGCUCCCACGCAAAACAAUAACAGCAAUGGCACUCCGACAUUGUUCCAGUGGAAAGCUGUAAUGCGAAACACUGUCAAGGCAGAGAUAUUUGGGGUUGAUGGCUAUCGAGAGAGAUGUUUUCUUUCCUUUAUUGCGGACUUGGAGGAGCGCCAGAAACGCUGGCAUGAGAAUCCCUCUGUGCCUGAUUUCAAUGAAAGCGGUCGCCUUGACGGUGCAGACGAGCAUAUACCGUUGUGUUUGGCAAUUAUCAAGGAAGCCAGAAGAAUGCUUAACGAUUUGGGCCUUUAG